CUCACUGAUCUAUAUAAACCUCUCCCUCGUCUUGUGUUCACUCCACCUUCGCUUUGCUUAGCUAAUUAAACACAGCUAGCAGCACGGCCUAGAAUCUCCGGUGAGGCAGGCAAGCAAGAGCAGAGAGUGAUGGCGUCCCCCCGUCCCAUGGCCGCCGCGCCCGCCGUCCUCCUCCUCGUCCUGCUCCUCGUCGCCACAGAGAUGGGGACGAUGAAGACGGCGGAGGCCCGGACGUGCCAGUCGCAGAGCCACAAGUUCAAGGGCGCCUGCUUCAGCGACACCAACUGCGCCAGCGUGUGCCGCACCGAGAAGUUCCCCCGCGGCCAGUGCAACACGCACUACGUCGAGCGCAAGUGCUACUGCGAGCGGGACUGCUGAGCUUCCGCCUCCGUCGGCGCCUGUUCGUUCGUGUCUUCCGUGCCGGUCGAUCUUAGGAUUGACCAGAAAUAAAAGGAGCUCCAUCGAUGUUGCCUCUUCAUCUGCAUGCAUGCACGCAUGCAUCCAUGCAUGUGGUUUGGGUGAAGAUCGGUCGUGGCUCCGGCGUGUUUGCGGCUUCAAUUAGUUUGUGCGGUUAAUGAUGCAUGUUGCUUCUCUCUGUGUCUCUGUGUUGUGUUGGAUUCAGUCACUUAGUUGGCUCGUCUCUUUUUUCUUUUCAAAAGGAUCAGAUCUAUUACGUUCA